AUGGAAGUAAAACAAGAAAUUAGCGAGGAAACAUGUAAAAUAGAGAAUAAUGACUUCGAUUAUGCUGUUUUGGACGGCUUUAAAUGUGAAAUUCAGGGAGCAUUCGAUAUUCAAAGUACUCAUGACACAUAUGAUUCUUUAGGUUUAAAGAAAUGUUCCAUAAAUACUGAAAUAGAACAACAUGAAAAUAAAUUUAACCCAUUUGAAGAAAAUAAAGAAACUGAAACCGAUGAUCUAAGCUUGCAAACUAACGAAGAAUCAGAUAAUUACAGUGAGGCAUUAAAUAAUUCUAACAAUGCUGUACCAGAAUAUCCAAGUACACUAGAAGUAGAAGAUCUGCCUCAAUCUGUGAAAAAUGGUAUACAAGAAGAUAUCGAAAUAGAUUUAAUGGAUGAAAUUAGCUUGAGUCAGCAGAAUGACCCAAUUAUCAAUGACCAAUGA